CAUUACAUGUCACGACGUCAAUACUUGAAUGUCAAGCGGUUUUUUUACACUGAUCGCAUUCUGAUUUCAGUCACUGGCGGUAUUGUGUGCACAGUCCAAGGUUCGUACGAAUAUCGUCACUACAUGCAGGACGGCUACGACGACAAAGGCUGGGGUUGUGCUUAUAGAAGUCUGCAGACGAUAUGGUCAUGGCUACUUAUUAAUGGUUACGUGACGCAGCCUGUGCCAUCGCACAAGGAUAUUCAGCAAAUGCUCGCUGACUGCGGAGAUAAAGAUCAGAAAUUUGUCGGUACAAAACAGUGGAUCGGCUCCUUUGAACUCAGCUGUUGUCUGAAUCAUGCUUUGAACGUAAGUUCUAUUUUAGCCCUGUCUAAUGGCGCGGAAUUGGAUUCUAAAGCUCGGCAACUUAUCCUUCAUUUUGAAAACGGAGGCUCACCUGUUAUGAUAGGUGGUGGCGCAUAUGCGUACACAAUUCUUGGGGUUCAUUUCGAUGAGGUGACUGGCGACGCUCGCUUCCUCGUGCUCGAUCCCCAUUAUACGGGACCAGAAGAUAUCAAGACUAUUAUCGAUAAGGGUUGGUGUGGAUGGAAACGUUCGUCGUUUUGCCACCUAUUCCUUAUGGUAUUGCUAUUAUAA